AUCUCUCUCUCAUCACUCAUCACAACUUAUCAUAAACAAAAAAAAUUCAAACUUGUGGCUCAUAUUUUCCAGGAAAAUCUCCAGGGGAUGAGAUUCGAAACAGUCCCCUAAUGUACUCUAACAUCUUUCCCCGAUGACCAGGGAAGGGUUGUUGGGCACCCAAUCUCCAGUUUCCUUAAUGGUCUCAAGGAGAAGACGAUGAUAACGUCAUCACCACUUAUACAGUCUCUAUUGGCUUCUAGAGACGAUGUAAUUCACAACCCAGAAGUCAACAGCUUUAGAGCAAAAGAGCAAGAGUGUUUAUACCUCUUGAAGAGAUGCAACAACAUCGAAGAGUUCAAGCAAGUCCACGCCAAGUUCAUCAAGCUCAGUUUAUUCUCCUCUUCUCCGUUCUCAGCGAGCAGCGUUCUCGCAACGUGCGCUCACUCGGGAUGGGAAAACAGUAUGAACUACGCAGCGUCCAUUUUCAGAGGAAUCAAUGGUCCGUGUACCUUUGAUUACAACACAAUGAUCAGAGGGUAUGUUAACGAAACGAGUUUCGAGGAAGCAUUGCGUGUUUACAGUGAGAUGGUAGAGGAAGGGAUCGAGCCGGAUAACUUCACGUACCCGUUUGUUCUCAAGGCUUGCACUCGUUUGAAGUCGAUUCGUGAAGGGAAGCAGAUUCAUGGGCACGUGUUUAAGCACGGGUUUGAAGCUGACGUGUUUGUUCAGAACAGUUUGAUCAAUAUGUAUGGAAGAUGUGGAGAGACGGCGCUUUCCUCUGCAGUUUUCGAGAAGCUGGAGUCCAAAACAGCUGCGUCGUGGAGCUCAAUGGUGUCAGCUCGUGCAGGAGUUGGAAUGUGGAGUGAUUGCUUGACGCUGUUCCGUGAAAUGUGUAGAGAAACGGGUUUGAAGGCGGAGGAAAGUGGAAUGGUUAGUGCUCUCUCGGCUUGUGCUAACACCGGUGCACUUGAUCUAGGAAUGAGCAUUCAUGCUUACCUGUUGAGAAACAUAAGCGAACUCAACAUAGCAGUCAAGACUUCGCUAGUAGAUAUGUACGCUAAAUGCGGGUGCUUGGACAAGGCGUUGCGUAUCUUUAAGAAGAUGGAGGGUAGGAACAGUUUGACUUACAGCGCAAUGAUCUCAGGACUCGCCUUGCAUGGAGAAGGAGAAGCAGCUGUGAGGAUGUUCUCAGAGAUGAUCGAACAAGGUAUAGAGUCUGAUCAUGUAGUGUAUGUCAGUGUUCUCAAUGCCUGCAGCCACUCUGGUCUUGUCAAAGAAGGUCGUCGAGUGUUUGAGGAAAUGUUGAAGGAAGGUAAAGUGGAGCCAACUGCUGAGCAUUAUGGCUGCCUUGUGGAUCUUCUUGGAAGAGCUGGACUGCUCGAGGAAGCCUUGGAGACUAUCCAAAACAUGGCUGUUGAGCAAAACGAUGUUGUGUGGAGAAGCUUCUUAAGCUCAUGCAGAGUUCAUCAGAACGUUGAGCUAGGGAUGAUAGCAGCUCCAGAGCUGAUUAGGCUACGCUCACACAACCCAGGUGACUAUUUGGUGAUCUCUAACAUGUAUGCACAAGCUCAAAUGUGGGAAGAUGUAGCCAGGGUUCGAACAGAGAUGGCUAACAAGGGUUUGAAGCAAACACCGGGUUUUAGUAUCGUCGAGGUUAAAGGUAAAACCCACAGGUUUGUUUCACAAGAUCGGUUUCACCCACAAUGCAAUGAGAUCUACAAGAUGCUACACCAGAUGGAAUGGCAGCUAAAAUUCGAAGGGUAUACACCAGAUGUGACGCAGGUUUUGCUAAAUGUUGAUGAAGAAGAAAAAAGAGAGAGAUUAAAAGGACAUAGCCUAAAGGUGGCUCUUGCCUUUGCACUAUUGUAUACAGCUCCAGGGUCUAUCAUUACAAUAGCUAGAAACCUGAGGAUGUGUAGUGACUGUCACACAUAUACAAAGAAAAUCUCCAUGAUCUACGAAAGAGAGAUUGUUGUAAGAGAUAGGAACAGGUUUCACCUAUUUAAAGGUGGAACUUGUUCUUGUAAAGAUUAUUGGUAGAUUUGGAUC